AUGACCGCGGAGCAGGAGGCGAUCCUGUCAAAGAGGUCGUACAUGCGGGGCAAGAGCGAUCAAGCUCUCGGCGAUGAGCUGAAUAAGCUACAGGGCCUCUCCUAUGAGUACUGGAAGAUGCGUGUGUACAGGGUCUUCAGCAAGGAGUCGGUGAAGCAAGGCUUCGUGAGCUUCCUAACCUAUGGAAAUGCCAUCUUCAUCCUCAUCUUUCUGCGCACCGUGGUUCCGCGCCUUCUAGUGGUUGGUUCGCUGGACGACUUCUUCGGCUUCGCCAAUGAGAUCGGCGUGCCCAACCGGCAGACUCUGAACGAUGUGAUCCGAAGCCUGGCGUCCUAUUCGCUGCCUUUGAAAGUUGGCAUUUAUACCCUGGCCUUCAUUGCCGAGAAGCUGACUUUGAUUUCGGAGAUUUUGCCGGUGCAAAUCGCCCUGAAGACCAUGUCCCCCGUGGUCUUCGGCGGUUUAUUGCCCGGCGCCCUCAUCGCCGCCACCUGCGAGACGAUCGGGGCCACGGUGAACUUUUUCGUGGGCCGCACAUUUUUCUUUCAGCGCGUGCGGGAGUUUCAAUUGCCGGGUGAGCCCGUGCUUGGGGAUGCUCCAUGGUUUGGCAGGCUUGAGCGUGCUGCUGAGCAGGAGGGCCUAAAGCUGACCCUCCUGCUGCGCUUGUCGCACAUCCUCCCGGUGCCCUUCGACUCGUAUUGGUACAUCUUGGGGGCUCUGCCGGUAGGCGUCCUGGAGUUUAUCGUUGCUCACUGGGUGGGCUGUUUGAAGACGGCUUUCCUGGAUGCCUCCCUGGGGCUGCUGCUCUUGACGUCAGUGGUCAACUUCGAGGGCGCAGAGAAGCAGAACAUCAUCAUCGCGGAGUCGGUGGGCUUUGCGGUGGUGGCGCUGCUGGUGCAAACCUUUGCCACCACCCUGGUGAAGGACAUCCUGGGCCUGGACGAGCCCAAGCAGCCCAAGGAGCCCAAGGCGGCUGAGCUGAAAGAGCCCAAGGCUGAGGCAAGUGGCGAGAGCCAUCGGCGCAUCAUGGCCAAGGCCAGUCAACGGAACGCCCUGAAGGAGAGGCGCCACUUGAACGCGACGAGUCUGACGAGUUCUCAGGGCUCACAGCAUGCUCCGCAAGGAAAGCAGCUCGGACAAGGCGCCCGGGCCCGGGCGGCUGGGGCCUCCGUGGCGCCAUUCGAGGACUUCGGUCGGCAAAAUUCGGAGGCGCUGCUGGACACAAGCAGGAGUGCAUCACCAAAGUGGAAGUUUCAUCGAAAGGUCACUGGCGAAGUUGACGAAGCUGAUGACUCGAAGAGGAGCAAACCACCGAAGUGGUUCCGGCGAAAGAUCGCCGGAGAAUCGGAGAGGCCGGAGCGGUCUGCUCGCUUUGCUCACGCUGAGUUGGACGCGCCCAGGCAAUCGGAUCCGGAGGUCGACGAGAGGAGCAAAUCACCGAAGUGGAAGUUCCAGCGGAAGAUCCCCCGUGAAUCGGAGAGGCAGGAGCAGUCUGCUCUCACUUGCCUGCCCUGGGGCCCAGCGACGCCCAGUGCUCUGCGCGCGAUGCAACUGGAGAUCAUUUUUCAGGAGCGCAUCACCAAAGUGGAAGUUUCAGAGGAAAGCGAGGCUCGGAGCUUGUCGCCCGAGUGGACAGAGUCGCGCAAAGAGGUCCCGGAGCGCUAUGCGCGUUUGUCUUCCAGGAGCCCACCCGUUGGCCCGGACGAACCUCUGCGCUUGGCAGACAGAGCGGGGGAUCACAGAGAGUCACCCAGGAGUCGCACGAAGGAGGAUGACUCUGCAGUCGUCGGCAAGGGCGAGCGGUCGCGCGGGGAGGUCCCCGAGCGCUAUGCACGUUUGUCAACCAGGAGCCCACCCGUUGGCCCGGACGAACCUCUGCGCUUGGCAGACAGAGCGGGGGAUCACAGAGAGUCACCCAGGAGUCGCACGAAGGAGGAUGACUCUGCAGUCGUCGGCAAGGGCGAGCGGUCGCGCGGGGAGGUCCCCGACCGCUAUGCGCGUUUGUCUUCCAGGAGAGAGCCUGAAGACGCCGUCUCCAGCAAACCCGGGCGUGGUAAGAAGGCUGCGGCAGCCACUGAAGCCGGUAGGAGUGCUGCGCCCGGCUCGGAAGAUGAGACGUUUGGAAAGGCUCCUUCAUCAGCAGCAAGACAGCGGAGACUGGGCAACAAGGAAGAUGGCGAGGAUGCAGUGACACCCAGGAGCGGCACAGACUCGGAUGAUUCUGCAGAGGGCGCUGACCAAGAUGCCGGGCGAGUUCGACCCAAGAAGGGCGCAGCUGCUGCCACUGCUGCCAGGACUGCCAGCAUUGAGCUUGAAGACGAGCCUUCGGCGGCUUCUGCAUUUGGCCCGGCAGCGGGUCGCAGCAGACUGGGCAAGAAGGCUGCUGGGGAGGCCGCAACAGCACAGAGGAGCGGCGCAGACUCAGAUGAUUCUGCACCGGUUGCCGGCAAGGACGCUGCGGGACGAUCUAGCCCCAAAAAGAGUGCAGGUGCUGCUGCUGGCAGGAGUACUGGGCCUGACUCGGAAGAUGAGACGUCGGCGACGGCUCCAUCUGCAGCUCGUGCAGCAGGGCGGCAGAGUCCGGGCAACAAGGCAGAUGCCGAGGAUGCAGCGAGACCAAGGAGCGGCACAGACUCGGAUGAUGCUGCAGCGAGCGCUGACCAAGAUGCCGGGCGAGUUCGGCCCAAGAAGGGCGCAGCUGCUGCCACUGCUGCCAGGACUGCCGGCCUGGAGUCUGAAGACGAGCCCUCGGCGGCUGCUGCAUCUGGCCCGGCAGCGGGGCGCAGCAGACUGGGCAAGAGGGCUGCUGGGGAAACGGCAACAGCACAGAGGAGCGGCGCAGACUCGGAGGAUUUUGGAUUGGUUCCUUGCAAAGACGCUGCGGGACGAUCUAGCCCCAAAAAGAGUGCAGGUGCUGCUGGCAGGAGUACUGGGCCUGACUCGGAAGAUGAGACGUCGGCGACGGCUCCAUCUGCAGCUCGUGCAGCAGGGCGGCAGAGUCCGGGCAACAAGGCAGAUGCCGAGGAUGCAGUGAGACCAAGGAGCGGCACAGACUCGGAUGAUGCUGCAGCGAGCGCUGACCAAGAUGCCGGGCGAGUUCGGCCCAAGAAGGGCGCAGCUGCUGCCACUGCUGCCAGGACUGCCGGCCUGGAGUCUGAAGACGAGCCCUCGGCGGCUGCUGCAUCUGGCCCGGCAGCGGGGCGCAGCAGACUGGGCAAGAGGGCUGCUGGGGAAACGGCAACAGCACAGAGGAGCGGCGCAGACUCGGAGGAUUCUGCGCCGGUUGCCGGCAAAGACGCUGCGGGACGAUCUAGCCCCAAAAAGAGUGCAGGUGCUGCUGCUGGCAGGAGCACUGGGCCUGACUCGGAAGAUGAGACGUCGGCGACGGCUCCAUCUGCAGCUCGUGCAGCAGCGCGGCAGAGACCGGGCAACAAGGCAGAUGCCGAGGAUGCAGUGAGACCAAGGAGCGGCACAGACUCGGAUGAUGCUGCAGCGAGCGCUGACCAAGAUGCCGGGCGAGUUCGGCCCAAGAAGGGCGCAGCUGCUGCCACUGCUGCCAGGACUGCCGGCCUGGAGUCUGAAGACGAGCCCUCGGCGGCUGCUGCAUCUGGCCCGGCAGCGGGGCGCAGCAGACUGGGCAAGAGGGCUGCUGGGGAAACGGCAACAGCACAGAGGAGCGGCGCAGACUCGGAGGAUUCUGCGCCGGUUGCCGGCAAAGACGCUGCGGGACGAUCUAGCCCCAAAAAGAGUGCAGGUGCUGCUGGCAGGAGCACUGGGCCUGACUCGGAAGAUGAGACGUCGGCGACGGCUCCAUCUGCAGCUCGUGCAGCAGGGCGGCAGAGACUGGUCAACAAGGCAGAUGGCGAGGAUGCAGUGAGACCAAGGAGCGGCACAGACUCGGAUGAUGCUGCAGCGAGCGCUGACCAAGAUGCCGGGCGAGUUCGGCCCAAGAAGGGCGCAGCUGCUGCCACUGCUGCCAGGACUGCCGGCCUGGAGUCUGAAGACGAGCCCUCGGCGGCUGCUGCAUCUGGCCCGGCAGCGGGGCGCAGCAGACUGGGCAAGAGGGCUGCUGGGGAAACGGCAACAGCACAGAGGAGUGGCGCAGACUCGGAGGAUUCUGCGCCGGUUGCCGGCAAAGACGCUGCGGGACGAUCUAGCCCCAAAAAGAGUGCAGGUGCUGCUGGCAGGACGGCACUGGGCCUGACUCGGAAGAUGAGACGUCGGCGACGGCUCCAUCUGCAGCUCGUGCAGCAGGGCGGCAGAGUCCGGGCAACAAGGCAGAUGGCGAGGAUGCAGUGA